CAGCCUUGGCUGCCCCUGCUCCACAGCCAGGCUCAUGGAGCUGGCAGAGUUCAUCUGCCUGGAUUUAUUCACUAACCCUAAACCCACCUUGUGUGGGGACUUGGGAUUAAGUGAGUCAGAGCAGAGACCCCAUAGCAGCGCCAAUUCCCCCCCCUUCUUCUCCUGCGGGAUUUUUGGGAUGUGGGAUAUCGGGCGCCCUUGGGAGGCUGCGGGUGCUAAAGGGAGCGUGUCCUGCAUUUCAGGGAAGUCCUGGAAGGCGCUGAGCCUGUCGCAGAAGCGUCCCUACGUGGAGGAAGCCGAGCGGCUGCGGGUGAAGCACAUGCAAGAUUAUCCCAACUACAAGUACCGGCCCCGUCGGAAGAAGCAGGUCAAGCGCAUCGGGAAGAGGGUGGAUCCCGGCUUUCUGCUGGGCAGCCUGAGCCGGGACCAGAACUCAGUGCCGGAAAAGCGGACCUGCAGCCGGGCCGGGGGGGACAAAGAGGGCCCGGGUGAGUACCAGCCCCGCCCGGGGCUGCCGGCCGUGCGGGGCUACCGGGAGGCUGCGGGCAGCGGCAGCAGCGCCAGCGUGGACACCUACCCCUACGGGCUGCCCACCCCGCCGGAGAUGUCCCCCCUGGACGCCAUAGACCCCGAGCAGAGCUUCUUCUCCUCGCCCUGCCCCGAGGAGCAUCACCGCUCGCACUUCUCCCCGGAGUACGCGGCAGGCUCCUUGCCCUGCGGCCACCACCCGCUCAGCCCCAUGCCGCAGCCGGCCACCUGCAUGAUCCCCCCGGCCUCCAGCUGCCCUUCCCUUCCCCCUCCUCCUCCUCCUCCUCCUCCCAGCUACUACACACCCUCCUUCCCCUCCCUGCCCCCUGCCAGCCUCCAUGCCCACCUGGGCCAGCUCUCCCCGCCGCCCGACCACCACGGCUUCGACACCUUGGACCAGCUGAGCCAAGCGGAGCUGCUGGGGGAGAUGGACCGCAAUGAGUUCGACCAAUAUCUCAACAACCCCGGCCACGCUGACCACCACGGCGACCACCAGGGCCACCACCAGGGCGGGGCUUUGGCCAGCGGGCACGUCCCGGCGUCCGGCAGCUCGCACAGCUCCGACAACAGCCUCAUCUCCUCCGUCCUGGCCGAUGCCACGGCCACCUACUACAACAACUACAGCGUGUCUUAGGAGCCCGGCCAGGCAGGAGCCCACACUGUUCCGAGGCGUGGGGACACCGCCCAUCCCCUCAGGGUGACCGAGCCCGAGCCCCAGCGCCCCGCAGUCUCCUCGGCGCUGUAGGUAAAGGAUUUGGCUCGCUGGCUCACCACCGUGCCCAGCCUGGAGUGCUCUGCUCCCACCGCGGCCAGGGGGCACUUCCCCACGCCAAAGCCAAGCCCCUCUUCCAGAGCAGGGAUACGCAGGAAGGCUGCCCCUCGUUUUGGGGCGUCCCCAGCUCUGCUCUGGAGCCAGCAGUGUGGCAGCACCCCGCAAACGUCAGGUCUGAAUUCGCCCCUGGAAGGGGGGAAAGGCAGGGAUGGCAGAGGGGAAGGUUUUGGGGAAGGUCUAUGAGCUGGUUUUGGGUUCUGGUCUGACCUGCCUGAUCACUCCAACGGGGGUUAAAGCCCCCAUCCCCUGCCCCAGAGCGUGGAUUGGGGGCUUCAUCCUCCAGGAAACCCCAGAGGGGAUGGGACACCAGCCCCAGGGGUGCUGAGCCUGUUCUGGACUGGGGGAAAAUCAAGAAAGCAUCCACCCCUGGGAGCAGGCCCUGGGAUGAACAUUUUGGCCAAGAGGUGAUGAUGUAGCAGACACUUUUUUUUAUCAAACCUCCUUCAAAGGGGAAGGCUCCGUGUUUGGAGCCACAAUGCUCAAUGCCUCUCCUAACUCUGGCGUUUUAUUGCUUGUAAUAAAGCUGUACAUUGAUUUAUUCCUUCCAUUAUUCCUUCUUCCC